CGAUCCUGGGUCGCCUUCAACAACAACGGCACACUCUUCGGGCAGGCCGCCUUGAAGCACGCCGCCGUUAGCCCCGGGACGGCCGUCUCUGGCUUCAAGCGCCUCAUGGGCCUAGGGAUGCAUAACGCGGUGGUGAAGAGGGAGAUGGAGCUAGUGCCGUACAAACUUUUUAGAACGCCAUAUGGAACGCCUGGAAUUCAGAUCCAGGCCGAGGGAGGCGACGCCAGGAAUUUCCAAACCGAGGAAGUCGACGGUAUCCUCAUGGGCACUACUAGUGAUGCUCUAACCGCCCCUGUGCGCUUCACGGCCGAUCAGAAGCAUUCUCUGAUGGCGCACGCUCGGUGGGACGGCGGCUUCUCCGCCACAAGGUCCGUGGGCGAGUAUGUGGCGGCGGCCGCGGCGUACGGCCUUCACGAGAAGCCGCGCCAUGGCAAGGUCAUCCUUGUCUUCCAUAUGGGCGGCCGCACGACCCACGCCACGAGGUUCAAGUUCAGGUAUAGGGAUGGGCUGGCCCAUCAUUUGGGCGCAAGCUAUGAAGCUCAGCUGGGCGGCGCCGACCUCACCGGCAGGGUUGUCGACCACUUUGUGGAACUGAUCAAGGAGAAGCACCACCGGGACAUCCGGCAGGACGAGAGCGCGCUCCGGAAGCUGUGGGCGGCGUGCGAGAUCGCCAAGAAGACGUUGAGCCACCGGGAAGACGCUGUGGUGAAGGCCGAAUCGGUCUUGGACGACGGCGCGGAUUUCUUUGCGCGGCUCACGAGGGCACAGUUCGAGGAGCUGAACGGUGAUCUGCUGGCGAGAGCCGUGGGCACUGUGGAGCGGGCGGUGACGUGGCCCGCCCCGCCCGACCAGUGGGAGAGCCGCAAGGAGAGCGUCGACGCGAUCAUCCUUGUCGGCGGUAGCGUGAGGAUCCCCAAGAUUGCCCAGUUUUUCAGGGACUACUUCCAUGGGCGGGAGGCAAUCGUCGAGGAGGAAGCGGUUAUUCGCGGUGCUGCUCAUCUCUCCCGUCGCGAAUCUGCGGACUUCACGCUCCAGUGUGCUGAUUACUACUCUGACUACUUUGGAUGCUGA